CACCACCCCCACCUCCGUUGCUGCCAUUCAAUGGCGAAGGAGGCCGCCGGCUUGGCUACAGAUUUCCAGGCGGUACCUCUCGACCCUCUGGUCACCAGAAUUGAAAGAUCCCUGGAGGAAAGAGGAUUAGUCGGCAUCAAAAACCCCGUUAACCAGGAAAACAUUUCUUACCUUUCCGAUGUUGUCGAUGCAUCGGAGUAUUUCAGCGACGGAGGGAGUUUGAACAUUACCAAGAGGUUGAUCACUCUAUUUCCUCUGUUGGACAUCUCACCGGCCGAUAGGGUCGUUAGCUUCGAGGAGCUGGAGACCUGGAACAUCAAACAAGCGCAGGAUCGGUUGAGUUACAGAACGCAUGCAGAGAUGGUGUCGCGUGACGAAAAUGGGGAUGGGGCCAUCAGCUUCAACGAGUAUCUGCCUCAGUUUACCAAGAAUGAUACGGUGAUAACUGAACUUAGAAUGGGGCAUGGAGAGGCUGGCUGGUGGAUAAAGCAAUUCGACAAUGCAGGUGCUGAUUGGAGUGGUUCUCUCAGUGUGGAUGAAUUUAAUAAUUUUUUGCUUCCAGAAGACAGUAACAAUGAAAGAAUUCAUAAAUGGGAUGAAGUACUAAGAAUGGAUUACGACCAUGAUAUGAAACUCAACUUCAAAGAAUUUCUAGAUCAUGUCUAUGACAUUUACAAAAACUACAUUGCAUUUGAAGCUGGCGGAUAUGUACCCACCGCCGAAGAGAAAUUUGCCGAAGUUGAUCUCGGCAAGGACAAGUUCUUGGAGGUGGAGGAGCUGAAACCUAUGCUUCGGUAUCUUUACCCUGGAGAGUUAUCUUAUGCCAAGUACUACACAAGUUAUUUGAUUCACGAGGCUGAUGAUAACGAAGAUGGUAAGUUGUCAAUGGCUGAGAUGCUAAAUCAUGAAAAUCUUUUCUACAACACCCUCUACGAUGAUGGAUCAGAAGAUUACGAAGAUCUCCAUGAUGAACUCUAACUUUUAUCAAAUGUUCAAUUGGACAAUUGGACUUGUUUCUGUAGCCGGAAUGGUUUGAGUUUCCCGUGUUUUGCCCUGUUUUUUUCUCAAUUUUUUUAGAAGCACAAGAGAGAAGAAAUAGAUGUUAGUCUUUUUU